GAUGAUCUUUGUGGUUUUCGUGGUCUGGAGCCCACCUCGCAUCUUCAAACGUUCAUCGUAAGCCUCCCGGUGACACUACGAAGUCGUUACGACGAAAUCAUGACCUCAAUGAGGAACAGUUCAGCGCAAAUUCGACUGAGCGGUCUUGACCAGACAACUGCAAAGAUGGCAGGUACAGUUCAAGCACACGAGCAGAUGAACACACUUCUCCGUGAGUUCAUCGACCACUCUACGACCGAUAUGGAGUACACAAUCAGAGAUCGAUCCUUUGCCGAAGCGCUGCUUGACACUGAAUUGAAUGACACCAGCCAAAUGGGCAAUUUUCUAAGGGACCCAUCAGAAGUCGGAUUCGCCAGCUGCUUUCUAUACGGCCGUGAAUGGACUUUUUUCUCGUUUGAAGCGACACUGUUCGCAGUGCUGUACCUUUUGCUAGGAUCGCUAUCGCUCGCUGCAGCUACCGUAUUCUGCUUUACCCACGGCCUCAUCGGAAUCACAUCUUUGCUAUGUAAAAAUCAUCUUGUGAAGAGCAGCCUUGUGGAUCAUCGGUUUUUAAUUUGA